AAUUUGAAACGAUACGUCACCUUGGAACAAGGAACAUUGUCAGAAAAAUAGGGGAGUGUCUGGCAAUUAAAAGUUUCUUUUUUUAAAGCAACUAUCAUCUCCAAGCAAUCUAUCUACUUGUUAAAACACGUUAUAUCGACAUUGAAACACACCGUAGUUCUUUUUUUUUCUUCCUUUGUUAAAAAAAAAUGGAUAAUUACUUGUAAAGGUAUUGGUAUGUUCGAUCUGACAGAAGAAACAUGGCGGCGACAGUUUUGGGGUGCAGAACUCCUGGCCUCAUUCAUUUUGUGAUAUUUUCCUGGUAUGUUUUCACGGUGUGGCACAACGUUUCUAUCACAGCCUCGGGUAGGCAUCCUGGGACACAGUCGUACGGCGGAAGAUGGAAGUAUCUGACGUUUCUUGAUCUGUUCCUGCAGACAGCGUUCUUUGGUCUCUGCAUCCUGACUGAUGUGACCCGUCACUUCUUUCCAAAAUUGGGCCGCGGGGGGCCCGCCUCUUUCCUCACAGAUUUGCGGGACACCAUCCUGGCAGUGCUGGCAUUCCCAGUGGGCUCCUUUGUGGUCCUGUCCUUCUGGCUGCUCUAUGCCUAUGACCGGGAGCUGGUCUAUCCCAAAUUCCUUGACGACAUCAUCCCGCAGUGGCUAAAUCAUGCCAUGCACACUGUAAUCCUACCCUUGCUCCUUGUGGAGCUCUACAUCAUACCUCAUCGCUUCCCUAGCCGGAAGAAAGGCAUCCUGGGACUGACCUUGUUUUCUGGACUCUAUAUGGCCUGGGUGUUUUGGAUUCACCACGUCUCUGGAGUCUGGGUGUAUCCCAUCCUCGGAUUCCUAAGCCCCCUGGGACGGGGUAUCUUCCUGGCAGCUGCCUCCCUAACCAUGGUUCCCUUGUACUUCCUGGGAGAGAAACUCAACACACUGCUAUGGGGACCGCUGAAGAAGAAGAAAAAUAAGUAAGGCUGUUUCUUUGUCCCAGAGAGCUGCUGGUUUCAGAAGAUUGACUUCAGGCUGCACUGAUCCUGUGCUGGGAUCUGAAGCUCACUGGCACGCAGGACUGUGAAUCCUUGCAUGAACUGAGGAAGAGAACACACAUUCUAACUGCUAUCAUAACUUUAAUUAACAACAGAACGACCACCACCCGAUGAAUAGGAUGCGUUCAAAACACUUUGUUUUACUACAGAUCCCAAACCCUGAAGACGAUUGGUUUUAUUUAUUUUUAAGGACCAUUUUAAUAUCAGCUGGAUCUAUUUCAGGACCAUUAGGAUGUAUUGCAUUAUAAUAUGAAGGGAUUUAUUUGGGGGGAGCACCUUCCUGCAGAUGCAUAGGCACAGAUUUUUUUAAAUUUUUUUUACCUGGGGUAGGGUAGUCCCGGAUUAGUGCUAAUCAGGGUCUGUGAAGUCAGUCCUUAUCUAUCGCUCUUUUCUUGAAUUGUAUGACACGUGUGUGUAUUGAAAGGAAAAAUAAUGAGUGUUAGUCCAGCCACUUAUUUGUUUUGUAUGUGUUCUACCCUCCACCGUUGUGAUCUAGACAUCAGUAAAGUGCCCUGCAGAUGAAAUAUAAUUGCAGAAUAAUGUAAUUUAAAAUAAAACACUGUGACAUUGUUUACUAA